UGCGCGUGCGUUCUCUCCUUUCCCACUCAUGUCUGCACUUCUUCCUCCCAAACCACACCGCGCAAACACCCCCCAAAACCUUGGCGCGGAGACCGAAGUGAGGAAACCCUAGCAAACUGCUGCCCAAGCUCCGGCCGGCAGCGGCGGCGAUCAUGGAGGGAGCCUUCGACCUCAACACGAGGAUCUUCCUCAGCCUCAACUCCCGGCUUCCCUACGGCGACAAAUCGCCGCAGAUGGAUUUCUUCGACGCCGCGUUCAAGGGCGACCUCCGCCGCGUCAGGGAGAUGGCUAGGGGCAAGGACGCGGAGGGGAAGGCGCAGCUCGUGGACGUCUGCAUCGGGGGCCAGGGCCCACUCCAAGCGGCGGCGCGCAUGGGGAGGCUAGACGUCGUCAAGUUCAUGGUGAAGGAGCUCGGUUUCGACAUCAAUCUGGGUAGUAGUGGCACGGGUGUGACAGCUUUGCAUGCUGCUGCGUUGGAUGGGAAAUUGGACACUGUAAGGUAUCUUCUGGACAAUGGGGCCGAUCCAAAUAAAAAAGAUGAACCUGGUGAAGUUCCUCUUCACUGUGCUGCAAAAUAUGGGCAUGACGAAGUAGCAAAAUUGUUGUUGUCUAGAGGAGCUAAUGUUGAUAUGGCCUAUUUUCAUGGCACACCACUCCAUAUUGCUGCUGUCCAUGGGAAGGCUGAUUUCAUGAAAGUUUUAUUGGAGCAACAUGCAGAUCCAAACAAAAUCUCAGAAGCUUUAGGUACACCGCUUGUUGCAACACUUAAUGCUGCUUCUGAUGGACUUCCUGAAUCAAUUGCAUUGAAAUGCGUGAAGCUACUCGUCGAGGCGCGUGCGGAUGUGAAUUUUGUUGGUCCAGACACUCCUUUGGUGGUAGCGACUACUCAUGGCUUGACUGAUUGCAUCAAGUACUUGUUGAAUGCUGGCGCGAACUCGAAUAUCCCCAAAAAAUGUUGUGGUGCUAUACCAAUAGAAAUUGCAGCAGGCUAUGGAAGAAGAAAGGAUGUGGAAUUGCUAUUUCCUUCCACUUCUCCCACUCAAACUGUAUCAGUGUGGACUGUUGAUGGAAUCCUUUCUCAUGCCCAAUCAAAACAUUCAAAUCCCAAGGUCGAGAAGUAUGGUAAAAUCACCAAACUUGAGCUGAAAUUAGGUGGUGACAAGGCUGUUGGUAGAAAGAACUACCUUGCUGCAUCAAAGCUCUACACUCAAGCAAUUGAGCUGGAUCCUGAUGACGCAACAUUGUAUUCAAACAGGAGCCUUUGCCAGCUACAAAUUGGUGAGGCAAACAAGGCUUUGCUUGAUGCCAACAGUUGCAUAAAGAUACGGCCUGAAUGGUUGAAAGGUUACUACCGGAAAGGUGUUGCUCUCAUGUCACUCAAGGAGUACAAAGAAGCAUGUGAUGCUUUCUUGGCUGGACUGAAGUUGGACCCUACAAAUGUUGAUAUGGAGAGGAUGUUCAUGGAGGCAAUUGAGGCCAUGAAGAAGGACCAUGUUACUACAUAGACCACUACCAUCAAUUAGAGGAACUGGCAGGACUUGUGGACUCUAUGCUGCCAUUUUGUAUAUAUAUGUGUAGCACAACUAUAUGUAGAAAGUUGUGCGGACUAACGCUAUUACACGGAUUUGUCUAAAACCGUGGUAGAGGUGCACUAUUUUGUGAACUUUAUUUCUCAAACCAAGCACCCCCUUUAACUUCCCCAUGGUCUUUGUGUUUUAGCAAUGCACUUUUGGAAGGCUUCCUCUUCCACGCUAAUGGGGAGAUAAACAAAGUUAGCAGUUGGAUUUGAACUUUGAAGUUCAAAUGGUCUCCUUUUAUCAACCUAUCAAACUUAUCACCUGUAUUGCACUGAAGAUUUUCAUAUGCUGCAUGGUUUGCUAUCACUUGCGGCAGUGGUGUACUUAGUCCCCCUA